AUUAUUUAGAACCACCGAAAUAAUCUCCACCUCCGAAAAAAUCGCCGAAAUCUUCCUCGAAUUCUCCGACCAGUACCUCCAAAUGCUUUCUCUUUCCUCCACAACCACCGCCACACCCUCGCCAUCGCCGGCAGUUUCUCCGGGGAACCUAUCUUCCAUAUCUUACAUCUCUGUCAACCUCCCUUCUCUCUCCAACAGCUCCGUCAACCUCCAUUCUCUCUCCUCCAAUCAUCGCCGGAGAUAUCAUGCCGUCAAAACCCUAACUGUUCGCAGCAUCGAUGCAGCGCAAUCGUAUGAUUAUGAAUCGAAACUUGCCGCUACCAAUACCUCCACCGCCACCUCUUCCUCACAGUCGUCGUACUCGAAGCUCAAGGUGGCAAUCGUUGGGUUCGGAAACUAUGGACAAUUUCUCGCAAAAACUAUGGUUUCUCAAGGUCAUACUGUUCUUGCAUAUUCUCGGUCUGAUUACUCGAAAAUAGCUUCAAAUCUGGGCGUUUCGUUCUUUUCCGAUCCUGAUGAUUUAUGUGAAGAACAUCCGGAGGUAAUUUUGCUGUGCACUUCGAUUUUAUCAACUGAAUUUAUGUUGAAUUCACUACCAUUGCAACGUCUUAAGAGGUCGACGCUUUUUGUUGAUGUUUUAUCGGUUAAGGAGUUUCCCCGUAACUUGUUUCUUCAGACUUUGCCGCCUGAUUUUGAUAUUUUAUGCACUCAUCCUAUGUUUGGUCCUGAAUCUGGGAAAAAUGGAUGGGGAGGUUUGCCGUUUGUUUAUGAUAAGGUUAGGAUUGGGAAAGCAGAGCGUAGAAUUAGGAGGUGUGAGAAUUUUUUGGAUGUUUUUAGGAGAGCAGGGUGUAGGGUUGAGGAGAUGACUUGUGCAGAGCAUGAUAAAUACGCGGCGGGUUCACAGUUUAUUACGCAUUUCCUGGGGAGGGUUUUGGAGAAGCUUGAUUUGGAGGAUACACCGAUUAACACGAAAGGGUACGAGAGUUUGUUGAAUUUGGUGGAUAAUACGUCGAAGGAUAGUUUCGAGUUGUUUUAUGGGUUGUUUUUGUACAACCAGAAUGCUAUGGAGCAGUUGGAGAGGUUAGAUUGGGCAUUCGAGUUGGUUAAGAAGCAGUUGUUUGGGCAUUUGCAUGGUUUGUUAAGGGGUCAGUUGUUUGGGUGUACUGAGAUUGAUGAACGUCUUGAGAAGGCAAAGGAGUUGAAGUUUCUUUCUGAUGCCACGACACAAAAUGGCUCUGCCUCCGCUCCUAGAGAAAAUGCAAAUUCAGAGAUCAAUUGAGUUUUUUGUAGUCGGGGUUUCUUUAAUCUAUUGGUGCGGUCAUUUGGCAUGAAUUUUGUAGAGAUGUUAAUACUGAGCAACUGUCAUUCUAGGAUGUUGAAAUUGGGUUUAAUUGGAGGGGCUGUGAGCAAUGGUGGCUUGUUGUAGAGUGGCAAAGAUUUGGUCAACACUGUUACUGAUAUUGCUGACUCAAUUGUUUUCAAGUUGGCCAUUGGUUAAUCACUCCUAGUGUAGCGAGGUUUCUCUUUCUGGAAAGUAGAAGGGUUUCGGAUUGGAGAUGCGUCUUACAUGUUCAUGCGAAGAAAUUCUAUGGGAGGUGCAUUAGCAACCGGGUCAACUGAUCUGAUGUGUCCCAAACUUGGCCGUGACUUUCUGUAAAAUUCUUUUGCUUUGUUUACUUGGAGCUUAUGUGUUCACCUAUCUCUGUUUAGGAAAAAUAGUUGUUUUUUGGAAUUGUCUUCUAUGUUUAGCAAGGAACUAUGCAAUACAAUGGCAGAAAUUUUGCAAUGUAUGUAUAUUCAUGAAUACGAGUUUAUCUGUUCAAUGUUCGAA